CCAGUAUUGCAUGUAACUUGCAAGAAUGAAAUUUAUUUUUCAAUCAGACCAUGGACGAAAUUAGAGGCAAGACAAGUUUUAUUGCCAGCGUUGAAGAGAAUGAGAUUUGCACUGCUCAGGAACUUGUGAAACUGUUACGAGAAUAUGGAGCUUUGGUUGAGGUGAAUCGCGAGAGACCGAAGUGCUCAACAAUUAUUCUGAUCGACGUUGAUUUCAUCCUUAAUCGAAAAUUAUCUUCGGAUGUCUUUGUUUGGCUUGGAAAACGUGGAACAGAAGAACCCUUCUAUCUAAGCAAUGGCAUUGGAGUGAACAGUCAGCUUUACUAUUUGCAAAAUGACGUCAUCGUACUUGCAUAUGCAACAAAGACAAGCAUGGACCGAUUUGGGCAAGGAAUUCAUAGAUUUUUCAAGUUAAUUGAUCUCCCACCAACCAUGCCUGUUCUUCUGCAACGUUGGCUCCGACAAAAGGCAACACGAAAUUCAGAAAGCCGAUUAAACUUCAGGGAAAUUGAUAACUGGAGCUCCUGGAUAAGCGAUGUUUACAGAAGAUCUAGAAUCGAUCUUGAAAAGCUAGACAUUAAAUUGGAUAUGCCAGAUCUUGGGCUGUUUCUGUCUGCUCCUUUCAGUGAUUCAGCCGGCCUUAAAAGCUGGGCUGAAGACCUUUGGUUGCAUCACUUUCUGCCACAAGUCGAGAGUUCUGUGGAGGAGCAGGUUGCCGAGGCAACCAAUACUCAGCAGGACUUAUUGAUCCAAGUCGCUCUGAACGCAUUCUUAGAAGGAGCUUUUUUGCCGGGCUGCCCAUGCAAAUUAGAUAUCGGUUAAGUUAGGACCAAAUUUUUAGAUAUUUUAAUCGACUCUACUAGACCUAAUGCUGUCUGACCAGAAGGAAUGUACUCAUAUUCCAGAGAUUUUGUCGGUGGUCGAAACAGGGAGAUUUGAUGCUUUCAUCAAAAGGAGGGACUUGAAAAUUUUAUAGAAGAAGUGACCUGUCGUUCUCUGAUUUCCCUGGUGCAAAUCAAGUCCUGUUUCGGAUGCCAACACUCUUGUUGUUCAUGUGUGUAACACCUUCUGCAAUUAGAUAUUACUUUCACAAAGUUUUUAAAGAGGCCGGAAGUUUGUCAUAAUGUGCAGGCCUUAAAGGGGACGUAUUUUCGUCAAAAUUUUCGUCGCAGAGGCAAGAUCUUUUACCUUGUUACCUAGCAGUCCAGCCAUAUGAUACUUUGGGUACCAGAGCCUCAAUAAACCGGGGAUAAAGUAUUGUAGACCGCUUCGGUGGCAAAAAAGGAAGCUCAAAUAAUUAUUUCUGGAACUAAUUUCGAACUACAGUAUUCUCUCCAAUUAACGGACACUCUAAAAGGCGGACACCUCUGAUUAGCGGGAAAAAAAAUUUUCCCGAUCAUUUUCUGGUUAAAGUCUCAUAAAAAACUUUCUAAAAAGCGGACACUUAAUUAGCGGACACUCCAAUCAACGGAUAAUAUUGUUUGCACAAAAUAGUGAAUUUGGCUUUUUUUCUUUCCAAUUAGCAGACAGUACAACUCUGGUCUGGUCCCGACAGUGUCCGCUAAAUAGAGAGAAUACUGUAUAUUUCUGAGACUAAAUAAUGGAGACUCUGUCGCCCAGGGUAGCCAUAUGACUGUCAACCCUUCUUAAGAUUUAUUGAAUUACUUAUCUUCAGUUUCAUUUCAAGCAUUUGUUAUAAACUGCCGACUGAAUCAAAUAAAGUUUUAUCUUACUGUUCUUAUAUACAAAUUCACUUUUUCUAAAACGAAAUGUUUAGUCAAAGUUACGUUGCAAUUAGUUCUUGCAGUAAACAGCGUCAAAAGAUGUGUAAAUGAAAGAACCCUUGUUGUAAAGUAGUGCUGUACCAGAGCAUGCUACGUUUCUAGUUGAUAAGUAUGGAAAAACCACUGCCCCAGUUUUCAACUCUUUAUUAUUCAAAUCUAUUUAACACUUAAGGUGGUGGAAAGGGACACUGUGACUCCUGACAAACUCUAAAAGAACAUAUUGUACUUAACACAGAACGGCAAUUGUUGUACUUAACGACGUCGGAGAAUUUUCAUUCCACCUCCUGUCGCACCCUUUCCCGCCCUGUUCACCAUUCUAUCGACCCGAAUCAUGUUUGCUAGUUUGGUACAUAUUUCAACAAGUUAAUUGCCACUGUUAUCUUGCCUGAAAGCACAAAAAUAAUAGGUGUUACUACCAACAUUAUAAAUUUUAUUCCCGUCCUUUCAAUAACGUUGUAACACACUCAGAGAGAUCAGCUACUUGGUUUGAAACUGGUGUGUUUACUGUCUUAUGUGUUAACUAUUUAAAAACUUGGUACCCUAUUCAGGCGCUGUUCACUUAAUCCGAACGAUACUUACAGACACGGUAAAGGGGACGAAGAUGCAACCCCUUUGAUAGGAGGGUGAAAGUACCCUUGUCAUUUGUCUUCGCAAUUAUCAAGAACAUAUAUAUAAGUUUCCGACUGUAGCAACUUUUUCAAAAAUUUGCGUGAUUAUUUCGUAUCUGCUAGAAGUGAGCAGUUCAUACGCUUAUCGGAAUGGAAAUAUCAUUUACAUACCAGUAGAAGCUGCAAAUCACUGUUGCAAAUUUUUUCCUUAUCAUGAAGCUAAUAGCCAUGCCCCUGGACCGUGCAGGUGUCUUCAACGACUCUAGACCUCAAAGAUAUUCAUAAAGAAAUACCUAAAUAGAUUUUCAAUGUAAAGUGAGAAACAUAUUACUUUAUCCUCGGUGAGUAUUUAUAACAAACAAAUUUAUAACAGUUUAGGUAUUGUGAUGUACAUGGUAAAAAUUUGCCUUAUCGAUUUCAUCCAGAAA